ACGGGGAGAACAUGCAAACUCCACAAAGACAUGGCCAGUGGAGAUUCCAACCCAGGUCUUCCUAUCGUGUCGGAAAGCAAGUCUGUGGUAUCGCGCAUCACUUAGUGUCAGCAGAAGGGUUUUUAUUGCAGCUCACGUGGAUGACGCCAAGUUGUUAUGUGACGUCACUUUGAAGGAGGCGGGGCCUUGCUGUUGUGACAACUAGAAUACAAUAGAAAUGUAGCGGGUUGUAGCUAACAAAAAAGGCGACGUUCUCUGUGUUGCACGCCGCUUUUGAGACUUCCUCUGCGGACAAAUCUGGCGGCCAACUGGGCCUUCAUGCCUUUACUGAAGAGUUUGAGCGCGGCCAGGCUGCUUGCUUCGCCACAUUAGCAUGCAGCGGCUAGUCGGCCACUCGAUGAGUCGAUCUGCGCUUGCUUUUUGUACAAGUAGCCGCUUAGCAUGUGAAAUUGCACUCGUCUCAGGUUUGCUAACGUGCAAUUGGUAUAUUGUAUAUACAACACACAUUCCGACUUGAUUCCGUAUAAGUGAGAGGAAAGCAGUCGCCGUCAUGGAUGGUCCUGGUUCAUUGUGCUAACGAGCUAACUGUAGCGUCUUUGUUAGCUUUAGCUUAGCAUUCAUCUCCAUUGUACAGUGCUUUGUGCUUUGCUAAGCUAACUGUCAGGUAGAUUUGUGACCUUGGACUCAUCGUUACCGUCAUCUUCAUCAUGGUCUGUUCAGGUGUCUACCUGCUCCUCUUUUCAGGAUGCGUUGCUGCCUCCCAGAGGAACGAAAACCUUUUCAUGUCUGGGAUCUCCAAUGCGUGCGGCGACUCGUCUGAGCUGUUACGUGCAUCCAGCGGCAUCAUCACGAGCCCCGGUUGGCCCUUCCAGUACCCAACGCGCCUCAACUGUAGCUGGAACAUCCGAGGCCGACCUGGAGACACCGUCACCAUCAGCUUCCAGGAUUUCGACCUGCAGGGUUCACACCGUUGCUCGUCAGACUGGAUGUCAAUCAGCAGCUACAAGAACCUGGAUGGACUGCGAGUGUGUGGCUCGUCCCCGCCACCUCCUUACAUCUCAUCCCAGGACCACGUCUGGAUUCACUUCCACUCUGACGACACUCUGACAGGAAAAGGUUUCCGACUGUCCUAUGUCACAGGGAAGUCUGAUGUUUCCAGCUGUGAUGUGGACCAGUUUCACUGCUCCAAUGGGAAGUGCAUCCCCGACUGGUGGCGUUGUAACUCCAUGGACGAGUGUGGGGACAAUUCCGAUGAAGACCUGUGUGUAGACUCACCGUUCUCAUUUCAACCCUGCGGCCUGAACCAGUUCCCCUGCUUGUCCCGCUACACCCGAAUCUACACAUGUCUGCCCCACAGCCUCCGCUGUGACGGCAGCAUCGACUGCCAGGAUCUGGGAGAUGAAAUUGACUGUGACGUACCAACCUGCGGAGACUGGUUGAGGAACUUUUACGGCUCCUUCAGCUCUCCAAAUUAUCCUGACUUCUACCCUCCAGGGAGUAACUGCACAUGGCUGAUUGACACCGGCGACCACAGGAAGGUCAUUCUGCGCUUCACAGACUUCAAACUGGACGGAACAGGGUACGGUGACUAUGUCAAGGUGUAUGACGGCCUCAAGGAGAACCCUCGCCGCCUUCUCAGGGUGCUGACAGCCUUCGACUCCAGAUCACCCGUGGUGGUGGUGUCGUCAUCUGGCCAGCUGCGAGUCCAUUUCUACGCCGACAAGAUCAAUGCCGCCAGAGGCUUCAAUGUCACCUACCAGGUGGAUGGCUUCUGCCUGCCCUGGGAGGUGCCUUGUGGGGGGAACUGGGGCUGUUACACCGAGCAGCAGCGCUGUGACGGUUACUGGCACUGUCCUAACGGCCGGGACGAAUUGAACUGUUCCACAUGUCAGGAGGACGAGUUCCCCUGUUCCAGAAACGGAGCCUGUUAUCCUCGAUCAGACCGCUGUAACUACCAGAACCGCUGCCCCAACGGUUCCGAUGAGAAGAAUUGCUUCUUCUGCCAACCCGGGAACUUCCACUGCAAGAAUAACCGAUGUGUGUUCGAGUCCUGGGUGUGCGACGCCCAGGACGACUGCGGUGACGGCAGUGACGAAGAAAGUUGUCCCGUCGUCGUUCCCACCAGAGUGAUCACAGCCGCAGUAAUCGGCAGCCUCGUCUGCGGCCUCCUGCUAGUCAUCGCCCUCGGGUGCACGUGUAAACUCUACUCGCUGCGCAUGUUUGAACGCAGGUCUUUCGAGACCCAGCUGUCCAGAGUUGAGGCGGAGCUGCUGAGGAGGGAAGCCCCGCCCUCAUAUGGCCAACUAAUAGCUCAGGGUUUGAUCCCGCCUGUGGAGGAUUUCCCAGUGUGCUCUGGGAGCCAGGCGUCCGUUCUGGAAAACCUGCGUCUGGCAGUCCGGUCUCAGCUCGGCUUCACCACUUUGCGCCUCCCCUCUGCCGGUCGUCAUAGCAACCUGUGGCGCAGCCUCUUCAACUUCUCCCACUCGCGACAGUCGGCAUCUUUGGCCCUGGUCUCUGCUGACCUGGAGGACAGUGCUGGAACUGGAAGUUCCGGAUCAGACCUGCUUUCCCCGGACUCUGAUGACACUGACACCGAGAGUGAGAGAGGUAGGGAGCGUGCCGUUGGUGCGGUGGGUGGUCCUGUUGCCCCGCUUCCCCAGAAGACCCCGCCCUCUAGUUCAGUAUCUAUGAUGCCCUCCACGGCCCCCAUAAACCUACCAGCUGCCCCCAGCCAACUCCAAAACAAUCCCAGGGAGGCUCAACCCCCUGCCAGCCCAGUCACCAUGGUAACGGACAAUCCAGGCAUAUGUCACAAUGACUCCUUGGCGUUCCGAUCCCCGGCCACUUCCACCCUGCAGCGUCUGGCCCAGAGGCUGCACCGACUCACCAGGAACCUGAUAAGAACCAGUCAGAACCAGACUUGGACCGGUCGCAGUCCACUGCACCAAACGGACACAGGGAGGGCCAGGACUGAGUCCACGGAGCAGCGAGGCAGCGGAGAGGAAGAGGAGGACGUGGAGCUUCUGAUCCCAGAUUCGGACUCCUCCUCGUUGUUCAGUGAUGUUCGACAACCGCUGUUGGAGCCACCUCCCUCCUCCAACACAAGUUAUGCACUACGACAACCCCGUGGGAACAGCACACAAGCAGGGUGGGAUGGCCCAUGCGAACACUGCGGAAAGGUUCACACCGCCCGGAUCCCUGACGCAUGUCUGGAGGUGGGGGGCAAGAUGGAGAGCAGCGAUGAUGAGCUCCUGCAGCUGUGCUAACAGGCUCCAGGCUAAGCUGCUGGCUAACAUGCGAGAGGUACCGCUGUAGCUGCUAACUGAUUAGCACGUUAGCUUGUGUUCUGUCUGGACCGGGAAUUUUCAAAGUGUGAUGCAGCAGAUGAGAAACCUAUUUAAGCAAUUUCUUUUUAAACUUGCUAAGUCCAAUGCAACUUAAAGCCCUCAGAAAAUGACUUAGCUCUUUCAUGUUGACUGUGUCACAUUUUCACCCCCCCUGGAUCGAGACCAUAGUGAGGAUCUUUGAACCCUGUUUGGUGUUUAGUCACUCGCACUGCAUUCUCCCAGGUCAGAAACUAAGAGUGUCCCGUCCCUGUCCCCUGGCUUUAGAAGUGAUCCAGCACCAUGGUGAUCCUUGGGAUCCCUACAGCAAGAACCAAAAGUGCUCAUUUUGCAAAUUCUACAUUUCCGUUCGACAUGUGCUCACCAUUGUGGUCUCUGAUUCUAAAGGGAAAAAGUCCUAUAUCUCCAGCCCGAUGAGUUCACAAAUGUUUGUGGACUUGUUGGCGUGAUCUUGGUCGUGGCAGCAAGACGCAGAGAAGGACUGUUCAGUCCUGGAUGUCAUCUUCACCUUCCUGAAGCCAUGGAAGGACCUGCCAGUAUUUUUGUGUUGCCGUCUUUUGGUACCUGAGCUAUUUAUUCUUAUUUCUCCUCAUUGUUGUGUUCUCUGACCCGCAUGCUUGUUUGCGCUUUUUCUUUUUGUUUGGACAUUUCAAAUGGAAAGAUUAAAGUUUCAAACGUAA